GGGGCGACCAACUCGCGCAAGAAUUUGAACAUUUUGAACCAUAAUUCACAUAUGAUCGAAGGUUUUUUUUUAAUCUUCUACCUUUUUAUCCUUUUUUAAUAUUUUUAUACGUUCAAACGUUUUUAUGGAUCGUACACCGCGAAAGAGAAGGGUCGGCAUCGCCAAUGCACCGGAUAUUCGAGAAUUUUUAGCAACACCGAGUCCCAAGAAACGUAUCGUACAAUCGACAACAAGUUACCACAGCGAAUGGAACCCUGAAGACGUUGCAAGCUUUUUGGACAGAUCGGGUCAUUCAGACUUAAUUCAUAUAUUCAAAGAUAACCAAGUCACUGGCUCUGACCUUGCUGCAAUUGAUGAUAUUAAACUGAAGGAGUAUGGGAUAAGUGACCAAAACAAAGUCUCUGAGCUCCUGCAGUUGUUUUCAAGUUUACAAGCGCCAUUUCCUGGCCCAUCAUCUUCACAGGCAUCAAACGCUGUUUCUCCCUGGAAAGUGUUCAAUGACCCUAUCCAUGGGCACAUAGACGUUCACCCACUUUGUGUGAAGAUCAUAGACACCCCUCAAUUCCAGCGGCUGAGAAAUCUAAAACAGCUAGGUGGAUGUUAUUUUGUAUUUCCUGGUGCAGCCCACAACAGAUUUGAACAUUCCAUUGGCACAUCACACUUGGCUGGUGGACUUCUGAAGAGUAUUAGAAAACGACAACCAGGGCUGGGUAUAACAGAUGUUGAUGUUCUAUGUGUGAAGAUUGCUGGUCUUUGCCAUGAUCUGGGUCAUGGACCAUUCUCUCAUAUGUUUGAUGCUGGAUUCAUACCUGCCGCAAGACCAGGCUGUGACUGGAAACAUGAACAGGCAUCAGUGGAUAUGUUUAACUACCUGGUGGAUGAUAACAAGCUAUUAGAAGAAUUCAGGAGGUAUGGCCUGUCAGACAAGGACAUGGAGUUUAUCCAAGAGCUUAUUGCUGGACCAAGAAACAUGGAAACGCCUCUGAAAACACAGGAUUGGCCAUAUACUGGACGUUCAAUUGAGAAGAGUUACCUAUAUGAGAUUGUUGCCAACAAGAGGACGGGCAUAGAUGUUGACAAGUGGGAUUACUUCGCCCGUGAUUGCCAUAACCUUGGAAUACGGAACAGCUUCGAUCACAAGCGGUUCAUGAAGCUAGCACGAGUGAUAAAAGUUGGCAAGAGGCAACAAAUAUGUAUCCGUGACAAAGAGGCAGGGAAUAUCUAUGAUAUGUUCCACACUAGAACAUCCCUCUUCAAGCGAGCUUACCAACACAAGACAGCAAACAUUAUAGAGACAAUGAUAACGGAGGCAUUCCUCAAGGCGGAUAAGCAUCUGCUCUUCCCAGGCAAGAAUGGGAAGAUGUUAAAGAUGUCCGAAGCUAUUGAUGACAUGGUCGCUUAUUGCAAGCUGUCCGACCACGUGUUCUACCAGAUACUACACUCGACAGACCCCCAGCUUCAGGAGGCAAGGAGGAUAUUACAGUGCAUAGAGAAACGGGACCUGUAUAAGUGUGUGGGGCAGACGAUAAUGAAGCAAAGGAGAGAUAAGGAGGAGAUUCCAGACAUUCGCAAAGAGAUUAUCGACGCCAUUCCCCCGGAUAUUUUGGCCGUCGGUAGAGCUAUCGACUCUGAUGACGUCAUAAUACACCUUAUUUCGUUUGACUAUGGGAUGAAGGACAGAAAUCCCAUCGAUGAGCUCAGGUUCUACACCAAGGACAAUCUGUCGGAAGCGUUUGUCUUCAGGAAGGAACAGGUUAGCAGUAUGUUGCCGGAAACAUUUCGUGAGCAACAUAUGCGAGUGUACUGCCGCAAGGGGGAUUCAGAGAGCCUGAACCAGCUAAAACUCGGUUUCUUCCAGUGGUGUCUCGGAAAGGACUGCACAACACCUAAGGGAGGUGACAUGAUAGCGGAGUUGACUCCCAUAAAAGGGGCUCACGAAUCACUACAUGGAUCAGGAAUCACUACACGCUUGUUUAAAGACAAACUGGACGAAGAGGAACUGGACCUACAAUGAUCCUAAUGAAAAUCCAUACCUGCGCAGAAAUACCUGCGACUUUAGUGACGAAUUUCUCUCCAUUUUUUUUGCCUUGUUGCAAUAAGAACGGCACCGCCUUCACGGAUGUUACUGUCCCAUCUCCCAGUUGUUUUCUAAUGCAGUUCUCUAUUUUGUUGUUACCUGCUUCCCAAUGGCUGAACGCAAAGAUGGAUAAUAAUUUGUAAUAAUUAAAAAAAAUUUAUUGUUAAAA